GACCCCCGCCUCGGCAGCACCCUCCGUGCGGCGCGGCGGGACGUAAUGACGCAGGCCGGCGGGUGGGGCUUGCCGGUUGCGACAUUUCCGUUUCUCUUAGUGGCGGUGGUGUGCUUCGGAGGAGAGAGCCGCACGCAGCGGGAGCGGGACAAUGCCUAAAUCAAAGGAACUCGUGUCUUCAAGCUCAUCUGUCAGUGAUUCAGAUAGUGAAGUUGACAAAAAGGCAAAGAGGAAAAAGCAAGCAGCUCCAGAAAAGCCUGUAAAGAAACAAAAGACUGGUGAAAGUUCUAAAGGUGCAGCUUCCUCUAAGCAAAGCAGCAACAGAGAUGAGAAUAUGUUUCAGAUUGGCAAAAUGAGAUAUGUCAGUGUUCGUGACUUUAAAGGGAAAGUCCUAAUUGAUAUUAGAGAAUACUGGAUGGAUCAAGAAGGUGAAAUGAAACCUGGCAGAAAAGAGCUGGAAGAGAACCACCCAAAAAUGUUUUUGCUGCUGAACUCAGUGAAGUUCAUGACUGGUAGAAAUGUCUUGGCAGUUUCACAGAUGUAGAGCUCAGAAAAUAACUUUUUUUCCCCCUGGGGUUGAAGUUACUGCAGGUGUACAAACAACAUUAUCUAUAUCUUGACUAGUUUGUUCUAAUUUCAGAAACUGAUAGUGUGUAAAGGAAGUAGGAAAUCUAUCUGGAACAAUUAAUCCAGGUGGCAGAUGAAGACACUGUAUUCUAGAAAACUUCUCAGUGCAGUUUCUCUCAUUUAUUUAGUCAGUUUACUAAAACUG